CCACUCGGCAGCGUGCAGACAGCAGAGUGUCACAAGGAUCUUCAAGAUGGACCUUCUUCACAGCUCCGGAGUGGACGCCGUCCAAUACCUGCAGACGCACUACCGGGAUGCCCAGGGUUGGUUCCUCUUCGUGUCCUUCGCUGCAGACCUGCGCAACACCUUCUUCAUCUUCUUCCCCAUCUGGUUUCACCUGUGCGAGUCGGUGGGCGUCAGGCUGAUCUGGGUGGCGGUGAUUGGCGACUGGCUGAACCUCGUCUUCAAAUGGAUUCUCUUUGGACAGCGGCCAUACUGGUGGGUCCACGAGACAUCCUACUACAAGAACACGUCAGCGCCGCACAUCGAGCAGUUCCCGGUGACGUGUGAGACUGGACCAGGCAGCCCCUCGGGUCACGCCAUGGGUUCGGCUGGCGUUUACUACGUGAUGGUGACGGCGGUGCUGAGCGUGGUGCUGAAGAGGAGCCAGUCGCACCUGAAGAGCUGGUGUGUGCGGGGUCUCCUGUGGACACUAUUCUGGAGCGUCCAGCUCUGCGUCUGCCUGUCGAGGAUCUUCCUGGCCGCCCACUUCCCACACCAGGUCAUAGCAGGGGUCAUCUCAGGCAUGAUGGUGGCAGAGGCCUUCAGCCGCACCCAGUGGAUCUAUGGCGCCAGCCUCAAGCGGUACCUCAUGACCACACUCUUCCUCUUCUGCUUCGCACUGGGCUUCUACCUGCUCCUCAAGGUGGUGGGUGUGGACCUGCUGUGGACCCUCGAGAAAGCCAGGAGGUGGUGCGUGCGGCCCGAAUGGGUGCACAUGGACACCACGCCUUUCGCCAGCCUGCUGCGCAACCUGGGCACCCUCUUUGGUCUGGGCCUGGCACUCAACUCACCACUCUAUCAGGAAAGCUGCCAAGGAAAACAGGGCAAGGGCGCCCCCUUCAGGCUGGGCUGUAUAGUGGCCUCCCUGGUGCUGCUGCACCUUUUUGACUCCUUCCGACCGCCCACCAAAAUCGAGAGCCUCUUCUACCUGCUGUCUUUCUGUAAGAGUGCCGCCGUCCCCCUGGCCAGCGUGGCCAUCAUCCCCUACUGCAUCUCCGGCAUGCGGAGCGGAGGCGAGAAGCUGGCGUGAUCCGGAUUAUCUGCUUUAUCUUUAUUUUACUUUUAAACUUAUUUAAGGAGACGUCGGCCCAGCAGCAGAAGCACCGGCUGCCACCUCCGUCACUUCCUUUUAUUUAUUGUCUUCACGUUACUGAAAGACUUAAGAAGAGGUCAGGCCAACUAGCCAAUGCCAAGCGAAGGGGCAUCUCUCAGGUCAAACGGUCAGGACACGGGCACCGGCAAGAAGCACCGAGGUGGCACUCCUGGCCCCGAGGAACUUGGAACCUGUGCUGCCCGAGACACAUUCAUGUGCAACUUGCACCUUUGCACUUCGGUCCGACGGGCAGCAGGCAGCAGGCAGCACUUGUUUAUUUGUGAUCCUCAGGCCGCUGUGCCCUCGACUUGUCUGUCUUACGUAAUAAAUCUGCCGGCGAAGAAGCAAAUUCCUGUUUCCUGAGACUGAGCCGGAGGGGUGGUGGGGGGGGCAUCAGGCCUGGUUAAAGAUCUACAAGAACGUGAAGUUCACUCAAGUUUAUCUGAGCUCCAAGGAACGAGAUGUGCUGAUCAGGGCACUGUGAGAAACGGCAAAGAGAAGAGCGGCGCGUGACGUUGGCACUAAGCGUAGUGACCAUUACGAGUAACACAGUGACAAUGACAGUGACGUCCACAGCAGUAAGAACAGGGCUGGGAAAGUCCACUCCAGUCCACCAAUGGCAGUAAUGGAGGAGCCACGUCAGUACCUGCUCGAAGCAUAACGUGGACACGGUGGCCAAAGACGUCUCCACCUCACCAGAGUGACACUUACACCAGUCUUACCACCGUCAGUAACGCCAACACCAUUAGUGACGCUACGCUCCCCAGUACCAGCUGUAAGAUUAAUGUGGGCACCGAGUGCCACCAGUGAUAUUUAGACUGGUACUCCCAGUUAACAGUAACGGCAGGCCCACCAGACCUUCGAGAGUGGUGCCCGCACUUGGGGUCACUGGCACACCCGACAGCAGUAUUGUCUGCCCCAGUAUGAGUAGAUGGGCGUAAUGUACGUGAAGGACGCGCCAUUGGUGCCACCAGUGCCACUGUACCCGACAGGACACGUCCAGCAGUGGUUGAAUGUAAAAGUACCGCCUUCAGUGUUUGUGCCCACCAGUAUUACUAGUUAGGAUUUCCCAGUAUUAUUAGUGUUACUACAGAGUAUCUAAGACAACGGCGUUACCUCACCAGAGCUCCCAGUAAAAGGAACAUUUUCACACCAGUGCAUCCACACCAGUGCUAGCGAUUAAGAGUACAGCACACACCAGUAAGACCUCUUACCAGUCUGCCAUUAUCUAACCUGGGAAGGGUCACAGGGGGGCCGUCACCACUAGCAUCGGGUGACAAUGACAUCACAAACGUACCAAACGAGAGGAGGGGAGACCACUCGGUCCAUUCAGCUGCCCCCCUAAUCCCCCAGCCUUCUAAAGGUGCUCAAGGUUUCUUCUUCACCUUCAUAUCUCUGUAGCUUGUUUCAGAUUCCCACAAUCCUUUGUGUCAUAUUUGAUAUCAGUGUUACUGCUAAAGAGUGAGGGGGGGUGGGAUUGUGGGGGUCCAAGAGCUCAACUCCUAAAUAUACGAUUCUGGUCCAAAAAA